AUGAAGACUCACAGUGACAAAGACCACGAGUGUUCGCGUUGCCACAAAAAGUUUAAUCGAAAGGUGCGUAAUUUACAGGGAUAUAUUUCAAAUCGUAGUAAGGUAUUUCGAGUUAAUAAUAUCUAUUUAUAUUAUUUCAAGGAUGUUUUGAACCGACAUAUGAAAACUCACAGUGACAAAGACAAUAAGUGUUCGCGUUGCCAUAAAACGUUUAAUCGAAAGGUACGUAAUUUACAGGGAUAUAUUUCGGAACAUAGUAAAGUAUUUUAAGCUAAUAAUAUCUACUUAUAUUAUUUCAAGGAUGAUUUGAGCCGCCACAUGAAAAUGCACGAGCGCGGUGGCGCGGAACGGGAAUAUACUUGUAAUGUAUGUGGUGAAGUAUUUCGAAAUAUAUUUCCAUUCCGAGCCCAUCAACGCGAAGUCCAUCAAGUUGGCCGUGGGAAACGUACGAAGACGCCGACCGGGAGAACAAAAAGGCAAAGAACUGAUGAACCAGGUAUGUAUAAAUAAAAAUAUUUUGAUUACUAAUUUUGUAUUUAUACACAUAUAUUUUUUCUUUUAAGAACCGCCAUCAUCUUCGACACGCGUUAACGAAGGUAAGAGAGUAUGUGCUGUGUAAUAAUUUAAGUUAAAAUCACACUAAUACAUUUUUUCUCCUUUUCAGGAACUUCUACUGUCGUCAACGAGGGUAUGAAAUUCAAUUUUUUAAUCCGUAAAUAG